UGUUACAUAAGCUGAUGAUAACUCAAUAACCUUUGGGGGAAUAGUAGCAGUCAGUCUUUAAAAUCAGUUGGUCCGAGUGUGUCCCAAACGACGCUUCUGUUGGAUCAUUACGUUCAUUCCGUCGCAAGUUCUACGAAGCUUCCAUCGACAACAAUGAAGAGCUUAAUUAAUUCGAUCGACGAUGCUGUUACGGAAACUCUGUUCGGUGUAUCUUAUGCUUAUCCGCAGCUUGAGUAUCAAGCGUCACAUAAAGUCGUCCUGAUGCCACAUCUCGAGAAACGAAAAAAUAAGGUUUCUAUUAUAUGUGGCGGCGGAAGUGGGCACGAACCUUUUGCAGCAGGCUUUGUUGGAAGUGGCAUGCUAACUGCUUCUGUAGCAGGCUCAAUAUUUGCUGCACCACCAUCGCAACACAUUUCCUAUUGUAUCGAGCGUGUCUCGGAAUAUAGUGAAGCUGGCGUGUUAGUAGUAAUUCCAAAUUAUACUGGCGACUGUUUGAAUUUUGGGAUAGCAGUUGAAAAGGCAAUACAAGCCGGCUUGAAGGUGGCGGACAUAAUUGUAAACGAAGAUUGUAGUAUACCAAGCGAGGAUCAAGGCGUUGCCGGUAAACGUGGACUAAGUGGAUUGCUAUUUGUUAGUAAAAUAGCUGGCGCGUUGGCUGAGAGAGGAUUACCGCUGGAAAGCAUUUACGAAAUUGCACAGAUUGUUUUGAAAAAUAUGGCCACUUAUGCAGUUGGUCUAACUACUUGCGCUAUACCAGGGCAACCUCCGAUGUUUGAGCUUUCGGAAGACGAGAUAGAAUGUGGAAUGGGGGUUCACGGAGAAGCUGGAUACGAGAAAAUAAAAUUAAGAACGUGCAAUGAAGUGGUUUCAUUUAUGUUGAAACGUAUAUGUGAUUCGUUGCCCAUAGUUAGCGGAGAUUCAGUUGCAGCAAUUGUUAAUAAUUUUGGAGCGCUUAGUCAGUUAGAACAAGGAAUCGUUGUCUACAAUUUGACAAAAGAGCUUCAAAAUAUGAAUAUAAAACUUUUGCGUAUAUAUUCGGGGGUCUUAAUGACGUCGCUGAACAGUGCUGGAAUACAUAUUACUCUUUUGAAAUUGCCUGAAAGUCAUAAAGAUGCCUUAGUCAGUUGUCUCGAUGAUCGUACCGAUGCACCACAAUGGCCAGGUUGUGCAUAUAGUAUUCCAUUGGAAAGCAAACGGACAACCAUCCAUGAAAAAGUAACACGAAGUAUGAAACAAGUUGGAAUAGAAAUCAAUGCGCAACAACAAAACAUACUGAAACAGUGUUUAAAAAGAGCCUGCGAAUGCUUGAUCGAGAAAGAAGAUUUUAUCAAUGACUUGGAUAGAGGCUGUGGUGACGGUGACUGUGGCAUGACACUGAAAAGACUUGCUGUUGAGAUUUUGCGAGGAUUGGAUAGCUAUUGUUUGUCGCAUCCUUCGUCGGUUUUCUCUGAAUUGGCACACGUAGCCGAAGAACAAAUGGGUGGUACAUCCGGUGCAUUAUAUUGCUUAUUCUUUACUAGUAUUGCUGCAGAAUUAGUAUUGGCUCAACCAGAAGAGGGGUGGUUAUAUAUUUUGGCUCGAGCGUUGCGUAGUGGUUUAAAUUGUUUAAUAAAAUAUGGGAAAGCCAAACCAGGAGAUAGGUCUAUGAUCGACGUACUGAAUGCUGUGUGCGAAACUUACGAAAACGUGUUGAGUAAUGAAUUAGUAGAAAUAUGUGUCGCCGUGGAGACAACAGCUUGGCGGGUCUGCGAAGAGACAAAGAAUAUGAAGCCCAAAGUGGGACGAGCCAGCUACGUAAAACAAGUUCAAUAUUUGCAAAAUGUAGAUGCCGGUGCGCAUGCGGUCGCUACAUGGAUCGGCGCCAUUGCUAGUGUAAUUAAACAUAUAUAAAUCUAAUUUUAC